ACAAGAUAGUUUCGUUAAAAGUGAACGUUAAGUUUAUUUUUGCAAAAUACGCGCACGUGAAUUUCAAGUCUGCUUGCGAGUGAAAAUACAAAAAAUACGUAUGAAAGUCUGAAUCAUCAUUGAAAAUGUUCCAAGUUAGCCGGCUUUUGUUCGGGAGAUUACAUAACUCCCAUUUGCGGUUGUUAGUAAAUGCCGGGUACUGUUCGGAUUCCGGCCAACAGCCACCGAAGGGUGAAGAUGCUAAGGAUCAGAAGCAUCGGGAAGCAUCUGAAAAGAAAGACCCGCAAACAUCUACCGCAGCUUUGAAGCGUCUUAAUGAGCUACUUGCUAUGAUGAAUACCGAUACUGAUGAAAAAUUGUUAAAAAAGGUGGAAUUUGCCAAACCUCGAGAUGGCCAGAAGCAUAAAGAAAAGGUGGAGAGUUCGGAUUCGGAUUCUGAUAGUUCCGACAGUUCAGAUGAUGAAAAACCUAAAGAUCUAGCUCAAGCCACCCGGAAAGUAGCUUCCAGUUUGGGUGGUGAUGCCAAGAAAACCGAGGCUGAACUCCUGGCGAAGUUGAUGGGCGAUCCUGGAACCGGUGCCAGCCUGGGAGAAGUCAUAACCGGUAUGCAAAUUGAUAAGCAAGAUUCUCGUAAGGCGAGUCAAGAUAUUAAACUGAAAAGAAGUAACGUUGUCCGUAAGUCUAUCGAGAAAAAGAACUAUGUAAGCCAAGAAGCUCAAGCCUUUUCACGGGAAAGGAAACGCCCUCCCGCAAUGAAACCAACAACCGGAACCAGCGUUAAACUUUUUGAAGAAGAACCACUAGGCAUUUUUACCGAUCCAUCGUCGCUUAAGGAAAGCGAUGACAUCCUUAAAACGUGGAAAUCUCUGCAGGAUCGAGAGCUCCGCUUGGCUGUAACCCACCCACCUGCGAAUUACUUCCAAAAGAUGGCUCUCUGGACAGAGCAAGGUAAAUUGUGGAAGUUCCCGAUUGACAACGAGCAAGGUCGCGACGCAGAAUCCAAAGUGUCUUUCACGGAGCACAUUUUUCUGGACGAACACCUGGAACCUUGGUGUCCCAAGCGGGGCCCGGUGCGGCAUUUCAUGGAGCUAGUUUGCGUAGGUCUGAGCAAGAAUCACUACAUAACAGCGCAGGAAAAGAAGGAUCACAUAUUGUGGUUCCGGGAUUAUUUCGAGCAAAAGAAGAGUAUGCUGGAACACGUAAUAGUGGAUCAGCAGCAGCAAAAGGCGGAAAUAGGAGCGACCAAACAGAAAGGUAAGCAAGCUUAAAAACUUGUUUUCUUUUGAAUAAAAAUAUCGUAUUAUCGUUA